GAAGCCUCAAUCUCCUCUCCCAAUCCCAAUCGGCAACUGUGAGGUUUUGAUAAAUGCAAAUAACUUCACUUGCAGAUCUGACCACCGAAACACCCUCCAAAUCUCCCUCUCCAAGACUGCAAAAAUCAAUAUCUCAGUGAGAGAAGAGGUAAAUUCGAAGUCAAGUGGUGAUAUUUAUAACGCAAAACCUGAGGAAAAAGGGAAGGAUUAUAUGAUUGUGCUAAUUAAUCCUAAGAAUGCCGAUGACAGUGAGAAAUCCUACCUUCAGGAAGUACUUAAUAUAUACACAAGAGAGCUCCCCACAAUGAAUUAUGCUGCUAAUACUGGAAAGCAAUCGAUGUUCCUUGAAAAAUGUGUACUGAACGGGAAAUAUUGUACGCUGCUUUUGAAAUCCAAAUCCACAGAAGGUUAUGAAGAGGUUGUAGCUGCAAUUACCUAUCAAAUUGUUCCUGCUGACACACAGUAUGCUGAGGUCCCACUUGCUGCUGUUAGCUCAAUCUACCAGCAUGAGGGAUUUGGUCACUUCUUGUACAUGGAAUUGAGCAAGAGACUUCAGGGUGUUGGUAUAUGCACAGUAAUUUGUUGGGGGGAUAGGGAAUCUGAAGGUUUUUGGCUUAAACAGGGUUUUCAAUCAAUAGCAGAGGUAGACACAAAAGGUAGAACUCGCAGGUUGCCCAUUAAGGCUGACAUUCGGAAAGCAUUAUGCUUUCCUGGUGGUUCAACCCUCAUGAUCUCUCAUCUUGACAAGAACCCUUCAACUAACUUUCCAGAUUCUCUAAAUUUCUGUUUUCCAUUAAAGCCUUGUGGGAAGUCUUCAGUGUUAUCUGUUAAUGAAUCUGUAGAGCCUGAACUCGAUGGAGAGUGUAACAAGUUACCAAUGUCACAGAAUCAAAUCUCUUCCACUGCAAAAAGUUGUCAACCUGAGCAGUUGGUAAAAGAUGGGUUUCCAAGAGAAGAAACCAGGUUGGCUGGUUUUUCUCAGGGUUGGGACUUAAUGCAUAGUUUUGGGGACCGAACUAAUUUAGAGAAGGCACAGCGCAGCAACAUGGCCAUUACUGCAGCCAAGAUUGGGGCUGAUACUGAUGCUAUACACUGUACUUGCUCUGCACAAUGUGCAAAGAGGAGGAUUUGGGAAGCCUCAUUGCCUUCACUGAAGUCCAAAAAAGUUAAAGGAAGUCAUCAUGUUGAUUGUCAGUUAGAUUCUACCUCUGGUUUAGUUUCAGAAGGUGAUGAAGCCUUGGUGAUUUCAGGAAGUAAAUCUUUGGUGGAAGUUACUCCUAGCUAUCCUUUGACUAGUAGUUGCAUAAAAAGUAGUGCAAAAGAUGAAGCAGUUUUUACUACUUCAGCAGGUCUCAUUAGCAAAGAACUUCUGUCCAAUGGAGAAUGCUUUAGAAUCAUGUUGAUGAAUAUUGCUGAAUGUUCUAAGAAAAUGCAGCUCACAAAGGUAAUUGAAAACUUGGGCGGUGUUGUUACCUAUGAUGGAAGUAUAAGCUCCCAUGUUGUCACAGGAAAAGUGAGAAAGACCCUGAAUUUCUGCACUGCUCUCUGUUCAGGAGCAUGGAUAGUCUCACCCAGUUGGUUAAAACAAAGCUUUAGAGAAGGAAGAUUUGUAGAUGAAUUACCCUAUAUAUUAUAUGAUGAAGAUUAUGUGUUGAAGUACAGAGCUGAGUUGAAAACUGCAGUUCUUAGAGCUAAAGCAAGGCCAGGAGGUUUAUUUAAAGGAUACAACAUAAGCAUGGCUGCUCAUGUUCAACCCCCUGUCAAAACGCUAUCUGCCAUCGUCAAGUCUGCUGGUGGAAAAGUUAUUGCACGACUGGACAUUGCAAAUGAAAUGUCGAAAAUGAUAUAUAUUGCGUGUGAGGAAGACAUGGAAGAAGCAUUAACUGCUGUGAAGAAAGGAAUAUGGACUUUCAGCAGUGAUUGGUUGAUGAGUUGUAUAAUGAGGCAAGAGCUUGAUUUGGAGGCCCCCCAGUUUGCAGAAUCUUUAUGAGUUCAUUUAUGCAUUGUACAAAAGGUAAA